GUAGACUCCCUGUUUCGCUCUCAAAACAAUUCACUUGCAAAGGGCUUCUUCGUCGAGGAAUCUGGGACCGAAUGGCUAAGUACUCCGAUGCUCACAUUUGCCAAUGUUUGAGUCGAUUGUUAACUUCCCGACGAAAUCUUCCGGUCACAAUUGCCAAUGACCGUCACAAAACUGGAGAACAGUUCGUGCAUGAAGUAGUAGCGUUGGCCUACGGUCUUCAAGAAUUGGGAAUUAAAGCAGGCGACGUUGUCGCCAUCUCUGCUUACAACAGUGAUUUGUAUCUGGAGUGGUUAUUAGCCAUUGCAUUUGUUGGAGGGAUAGCUUCUCUUCUGAACUAUCGAUGGAGCAUUAAAGAGACAACAUUGGCAAUUAACUCCGUGAGACCAGUGAUGUUGGUUACUGAUGAGAGCUGUUACACCUGGUUCAUAAACCUCCAAAAAGAGGAUACCUCAUCUCUUAGGUGGCAUGUCUUUAUAGGCUCCCCUUCCUCAGAUUUUGUCAAGAAGUGGAAUGUCCUAAUUCCAGAAUUACUAAAGAAGCAUCUCACAAAGCUUCCACCGUCUUGUUACUCCUGGGCUCCUGAAGGCGCUGUCGUAAUAUGCUUCACCUCAGGAACCACGGGAAAACCCAAGGGAGUCACCCUAAGCCAUGCAGCUCUGUUCAUACAAUCUCUAGCUAAGAUCGCCAUUGUUGGGUACAGUGAGGAUGAUAUCUAUUUGCAUAGUGCUCCAUUGUGCCAUAUUGGUGGAUUGUCAUCGGCAAUGGCUAUGUUAAUGGUUGGCGGUUGCCAUGUCUUGAUGCCGAAGUUUGACGCUCAAUCGGCUGUUGAUGCCAUAGAGCAAUAUACUGUCACAUCUCUAAUCACAGUCCCCGCAAUAAUGGCUGAUAUGGUGUCGUUAAUUAGGGGCAAGGAGAUCUGGAAAUGUGGGGAAUCCAUCAAGAAAAUACUUAACGGAGGUGGGAGCCUCUCAAAUGAACUAAUCAUGUACUCCAGUAUAUUCUUCCCUAAGGCUAAGCUUAUAUCAGCUUAUGGGAUGACUGAGGCUUGCUCUUCACUGACAUUCCUGACCCUCUAUGACGCAACUCAAGAAAAGAUUGGUCAGUCCUCUCAGAUGGCUGUGAAUAGAAGAUCUGAGACAAUAAAGUACUCCCAAGGGGUUUGUGUUGGCAAGGCUGCUCCCCAUGUAGAACUCAGUAUAUGUGCAGAUUCCUCUGGCCAUGUUGGGAGAAUUUUAACCAGAGGACCACAUGUAAUGAUCCGAUAUUGGGAUCAAACUUCGACAAGCUCAUUAGAUCCCUCAAAUGAAGUCUGGCUUGACACAGGUGACAUUGGAUCAAUUGAUCAAAACGGUAAUUUGUGGCUCCUGGGGCGAACAAAAGGUCGGAUCAAGAGUGGUGGAGAGAACAUCUAUCCUGAAGAGGUUGAAGCAAUUCUUCUGGAACAUUCUGGGAUUGCUGCUGUAGUAAUUGUUGGAAUACCUAAUGCUCGCUUGUCUGAAAUGGUAGUUGCUUGUAUCCAACCAAGAAAAGACUGGCAAUGGUCAGAGCAGUCUGUUUCAGAUGAUCAUCACUUGUCACCAGAGAAUCUUCGGCAAUAUUGUAUAGAAAAGAAUUUAAGCAGGUUUAAGAUUCCAAAAAUGUUUAUCCUGUGGAGGAAGCCCUUUCCACUCACUACGACGGGAAAAAUAAGGAGAGACCAACUCCGAAAAGAACUCAUGUAUCAACUACAUUCUUUGCAUAGCAAUAUUUGAAUAUCUUGAUUGAUUUACUUUUAAGAUGAUGUACAAAUUUAUUUUUUCUUAAUUCAUUUCAAUUCAUUUUCUCCUUCCACCCCACAGUUUAACAAGUUUCUGUGACAUUUUGUGCAAAGCA